AUGAAAGGUGGAAAAGGAGCCGUCGACAUUACAGCAGCUGUUCAAUCUGAUCUUAGCUCUUCAUUAAAAGGACACAAACAGAACGAGGCUCAAAAACUUUCUCGCAGAAAAUCCAAAUCCUUUCAAGAGUCGAUUGCAGAAGAUCUAAUUCAGAGAAAACCAACUACAAGUGAUGGUUCCUUUGUUAUUGGAUCGGUAAACCAUUCCAAUAUCCAACAGUCAUCAUCCAUGAGUACGCCAGCCGGCUUGACUCGUUAUCCUCCAUUCUUGUCGAUGGCAUCCGUAUUCCAGUCAACAAACCAAUACGUCGUCACUGGUGCACAAUCCUUUCUUGCUCCACUGAUGACUCCGCGUGAGCCAACCCUUACUUCGGCCGUACAGUACAGUAAUAGAGAUAGUGUUACAUUCCAACAGCCUUCUACCUCAUCUGCCACCUGCGGUCAGAUUGAAAGCCAGCCUUGCAUUGGCAUUCCGCAACCACAAUGUCGCCAAUUAAGUGGUGUUGAUAUACAGCAGCAAAGCAAUGCAAGCAAUCGUUUUGCUUCCUGGAAUUCCAGCAUGUUCCCAUACCG